AUGUCUAAAAACUCUUCUGUGCAGGAAAAAUUCCCAGUAGGUGAUGGUAGCCAGUCGUCACAGAUACCAGAGGCCUCUACAGAAAGUACUCGAUCAAGCUCCCCCCUACGGAGAAAACUACACAUCCGUUCAGAGCAGCGUCGACGUGAGAAGAUUACAGAUGGUUUUCAACGGCUGAAAAGAUGUGUUCCAUCGGUGAAGCCUGAUCACGACUCCAAAGCGUUGAUCUUGAAAAAAAGUGCUGAAUACAUAGAAAUGUUAGAGUACGAACUGACUACCUUGAAACAGGAGAACGCCAAAAUUUCGCAACAGUUGGCAGCAGCAAGCUUACCUCACCAGGAACACCACACUCACGCACAGCAUUCCCACCCUCAGCAUUACGUUCAUCACCAAUCCGAGUUCCAGCACCAGCGGCCUCCUAAUCAGACUCAAAGUCAAGUGCACCAGUCACCCACCCAACCCCAAGCUCAAGCUCCGCAUCAAAAUCGCCAACCACCACAUUAUCAUCAUCAGCAACAGCAGCACCUGAUUCAGCAACCCAGUCAACAUCAACAACCACAAAUUCAGUAUGCACAAAUCCCCCCAGUGUCAAUUGCUCCUUCCUCCUUUCCUUCUUCUUAUCCGUCAUAUGCUCCCCAUCAAGUUCUGCCAGCAUUCCCCUAUGGUUCCCCUCAACUUCCUCGUAAUCCCACAUUAGGCCCUAAUCCUUUGGCUUCCACCGCAACGAUAAAAUUUGACCCUUUCUUCCCACCAACUGCUCCUACUUCACGACACAUUUCCGACGAAAAAGACUCAAAAUCCCCCAAAAGUCCCCCCAGGAGCUAG